AUGGCCAAUAAACCGACAUAUGCACAGGCAGCUGCAGUGGCUCGCGGGGCUUCGGCGCCCACUGGGCCAACUGCCCCCCGCAUCCCCCCCUCAGUGUCCAAACCAGCGAUUAUAAUUAGUCCUACGGUAGAAGUGAAAUCUCGCCAGGAUGCCGUUGAACUCUUCAAAAAGAACAUUAAUUACCGCGCUUCCAACUACGCACCUGCUAGAAUUCAGCCAGUUUCCAACAAUAAGUUGCGGGUUGAAUUCGACAACGAGACCCAGCUUAAAGACACCCUCACGCGGCUUCAGGGGAAAAGUGAGCUUAAAGCUGAACCAGUGCGAAAAUUAAGACCUAUGGUCAUUCUUAAGGGAAUCUCUAAGGAUGUUCCAGCCGAUGACUUAAUUCAGUCCAUCAUUCGCCAAAAUACAGUAUUAACCGAACUGAUUAACAAUGGUGGUGGUGAGAACCUCAAGUUGAGGUUCAAACGUGAAAACAGAAACGCCAAUUUGUACAACGCGGUAUUGUUAGUAGAACCCAAACUAUACAAUAAAAUGCUCGACAUGGGUCGAAUCAGUGUCGAAUAUCAGCGAGUCCACGUAGCUAGCUUCUCGCCGUUCCUACAGUGCCACAAGUGCCUGCAGUUCGGUCAUACUAAAUUAAGGUGCACUGCGGACCAAAAUCUCUGCUCACAUUGUGCGAGCACGGAGCAUGAUGUGGGCAAAUGUCCCAAUAAAGAUAAGCCCAACAGCGUCAAAUGCUACAACUGCCACACUCAUAACACGCGCUUCAAUACAAAAAUGGAUACCAAACACACGGCCAACUCAAACACCUGCCCACGAUUGCGAGCCAUGAGGGAGAAGAUUAAUAACCGUGUCGAUUAUGGAUAUACACCGUAA